AGGUGUUAAAACAUCCCGUGCUGUUUGCAAACACGAUUGUUAUGUUUGAAGUAGCCUGUGUUGUUGUUUUUAAUGUGAGAAAGAUCCUAAAAUAAGUAUCCUAAGAAGAGUGUUGUGAACUUUACAGAAUAUAUGUAAACAUGAGACACGGGGCGGAGUCUUAGUUAGGCAACUUGUUAGUGAACACUAUAUGCGCGCGACUGAAGAGGUAUUUUUGCUGACUUCCCAUGCGUGAAGAUCUUCCGUGAACGCUUGAGUCUGUGAUUGGAGUUAUAGUCUUGCGAGAAAGUUUGCUGUGUUGAAUCUAACCAGACUGUCUAGGCAGAUCGCGCUGCUGAAUCUUCAGCCUAUCAGUAUGGCAUCAGAAUCCCAUCAUAAGGAGAAUCUGCAUAACCUUCAGCUGGAGGAUGAAGGACAGCAUCGCAACCCUUCAGAGGUGAAGAUGAGCCAGAUAGUGCUGCCCUGCCAUGCCAACCACUGCGGAGAGCUGAGCAUCGGACAGCUGCUCAAAUGGAUGGACUGCACAGCAUGUCUGUCUGCUGAGAGACAUGCUGGAUGCCCCUGUGUGACAGCUUCUGUUGAUGACAUCUACUUUGAGCACACCAUUGGUGUUGGACAAGUGGUCAACAUUAAGGCCAAAGUCAACAGGGCCUUCAACUCAAGCAUGGAGGUGGGGAUAGAGGUGAGCUGUGAGGACCUGUACAGUGGUCGUCAUUGGAGAGUGUGUCAGGCUUUUGCUGCAUUUGUCGCCAAACGCACAGAUGCAAACAAGGUGCAGCUGAGGCAGGUUGUGCCCUGCACACACCAAGAACAGGUGGAGCACAGUUUAGCAGCUGAGAGGAGGAGGAUGAGACUCAUUCACCACGACAUCAUGCAGGACUUGCUCAACAACAAGACCUUCCAGAGAAGUAUCAGUGAGGAAAGAACAAGAGUGGAAAGUGUCGAGCUGGUACUUCCUCCUCAUGCCAAUCACCAGGUCAACACAUUCGGAGGCCAGAUUAUGGCCUGGAUGGAAAAUGUCGCUACCAUUGCAGCCAGUCGUUUAUGCAAUGCUCAUCCAACUCUGAGGGCUAUAGACAUGUUUCACUUUAGAGGCCCUUCCCAGGUUGGAGAUCGUUUGGUUCUAAAGGCCAUUGUCAAUAACACAUUCAAGAACAGUAUGGAGGUUGGUGUCUGUGCAGAAGCCUAUCACGGAGAUGAACCUCUGAGGCAUAUUAACAGUGCCUUCAUGACAUUUGAGGUGCUGGAUGAGAAAGGAAGGCCACGCCAACUGCCCCCCAUAAAACCUGAACCUCAGGAGGGACAGAGGAGAUAUCAGGAGGCCCUUGCCAGGAAGAAGAUUCGUCUUGAUAGGAAGUACAUCAUCUCAUGCAAGCAGACUGAGGUGCCACUUUCUGUCCCAUGGGACACCAGUAACCAGGUGUAUCUGAGCUACAAUAAUGUGUCUGCCUUGAAGAUGCUUGCAGCCAAAAACAACUGGGACCUCAGCUCAAAGAAGAACAAUGUGAGCCUGUAUACAGUGGAGGAGAGUCAGAGUCUGUGUUUCAGGGUGGAGUUUGAGAUGGAAAUCCCAGCACAAAGAGCCUUCAUCCUCCUCUCAGAUCUCAGUCGCAGACAUGAAUGGGACCAACACUAUACUUUGUGUAAGCUGCUCCUUAGGGUUGAUGAGGAUGAUUUCAUCUAUCAAGUUGUUACUCCUUCGGUCAGUAAAGGAGGAAAAUAUCAGGACUUCAUUUUACUGGCCUCUAGAAGACCACCCUGUGAUAGCGGGGAUCCAUAUGUAAUUGCCCUAAGAUCAGUUGCUCUACCCUCUCACCCACCCACAGAGGAGUUCCACAGGGGCGAGGUGGUCUGUGCUGGGUUCACCAUUUAUGAGGUUUCAAAAAGUGUCUCGAAGAUUUCCUACUAUAAUCAGGCCAGUCCAGAAGUCCUGCCAUACAUCUCCACUGACAUUGCAGGCCUCUCGUCCAGUUUCUACUCAAUAUUCUGUGCAUGCAGGCAGUACCUACUGGACAACAUAAUCAGCACAUCUGCAUUCACCCCUUCUGUAUUAUAACUGGCAGCUGCUGGGCUGAACUCAUCAUGAUGUGCUACAACUAAUAUUUCAGUUUAUGCUUUUACAGGGGCUAUAUCUAAUAUUUUUGUAGUAUUGUUAAUUUUUUCCCACUUAAGUCUAUUAGGGUUAAGCCAGGAAUACAAUGUUUGAGUUCGAAUACUCAAGAGUUUGUGAGACAUUGCACACGUUACGUUAUCAGUUAACCUGAUAAUUGUGUCAAAGCAGUUGAAACACGGCACGACUGUACUGUAUGGCAAUCGCGUGAAGUUUUGCGCUAAACACAGAGGUUGAAUUUUCAAUGUUGCUGCUAUUGCUUUGGAAAGAAAAAGAAAAAUAAAAAAAAGUUGUGCACGUUUUAGAUAGAGAACAGCGAAGUCAUUUGGUUAAAAAAAACUGGAGAGUCUGCACUCUCCAGAUGUAAUGUGUCUGUGUAUGAUUUGGGAAUGGGGAGAACUCUGGUCAAAUUCAGGCCGACCCUCUGAAUUUUUGUCAACAUGUUUAAAAAUUAUUGGGAGGUACUUGGCUCGAUUUGUAAGACUGAAUGGCGCAAAAUAAUACAAUAGAAAAAAAUAUAUUUUUCUGGCAUUUUCCUUAUUGUUUGCUCAGAACAAAUAUAUUCACUCACUGAAUCUGUCUCAAGGAUUAUUAUUCAAACUUUAAAUUACAUGACUAUUUUCCGUCCCUU